UUUAGAACUAACUGGCUUCUAAACCUUGGCCUCCACCACAUCAUCGUCGAAGCCGCCGACGCUAAUUGUUGACACGCGAUCGCCAUGUUCUUCGGAGUCGCGCAAGGAUACUUCGCUCACGAAGGACAGGUUCGUGCUCCACACGCCACCUUCAUAUUGAGUAAAUGAAUUGGUCGAUCGCUGCAGCCUCAGCUCGUCGCCGAUAAUAUCUCCGGAUUCCGCUUCAUCGUCAGAGUUCAGGCAAGACCGCGUGUGGUGUGGUUGGGUUGACACUGGCGGUUGCAGCAUGAUCAUCGGUGGCUGAGUCGGUGGCACCACAGUGGCUGGAUCUGGCCCGUGAUGAUGAUGACGUCUACCGGUACUCAAGUACACCAAAUCGACGUCUUCAAGCAGCACAACAUCGUGGUAGCUAUGGCGGGGUUUCGCAGAGGCGAGAUGUGCAUGGUCGUUGGUGAGGACGUUACUAGGUCGAACGUCCCAGUGACCAUUCUCCUCUGGUACAAACAAGUGGUGGUCGUUGUGCCGUUGCAUUGGUUUGCGUCGACAGCACAGCAUGAGAAUAAGGACCACCAGGGCCAAGAAAGCGAUGCCAAUGCCGACGACCACCGCCGUGUUUCUUGCUGCACCCAACGCGUCGGAGGAUUUGGGUGUAGUGGUGGCGGCGUCGAAGUCCAUUUGUAGAGCCAAUUGAGCAAUGUGAAUUCUGUUCUUGAACAUCCAACCACAUCCACGUCCACC